CCGGUGUUUACUUCCUUCGAUGCCUGUCUUUCAUUUUUUACAAAUUUUUCUUAUUAAAUUUAAAAAAUACCAAUAAAGAAUCUUUUCUGUCCUCAAAACAAAUCAACAGUUUUAGACUUAACCUAUUAUCCUUUGCAAAAAUGUUAGAUGCCUGGUAAACUGGUGAUUCAAGAUCUGAGGAAGAAACGCAAGGUUACCAAUAACAUGGCAGAGGGAGGUGAAAUGUCAAGUGGCUCUACCAACGAUGUAUUUCGUAUGGAAGAGAGACCUGAGCAUGGCAUGAAGGUUUUACAGGGACUCAACAAGCUCAAGCAAGAUGGAAUAUUAUGUGAUGUCACACUCAUUGCAGAAGGAACAAGGUUCAACUGCCAUCGAGUUAUCUUGGUGUCUUGUUCUGAUUAUUUUCUCUCUAUGUUCACAAGUGGUAUGCGUGAAUGCAACCAAAAGGAGAUUGAACUGAAAGGUAUAACAGCAAAGGGCUUAGAGAAGGUGAUUGAAGUAGUAUACACAUCUACCACCACCUUAGAGGGUGAUGAUAUUUUUGAUGUCAUUGCUGCAGCCACACACUUGCAAGUCACGCCAGUCAUUGAAUUUUGUGAAAGAAACUUUUUAAGCGGAAUGAACACAACAAAUUUCUAUGAUUUUAUUAACACUGCUAAACUUUAUAGCAUGCAAAAUGCAUUGAAACAAAUAGAUGUCUUUAUAGCAAGAAACUUAAUGCAGAUUGCAAAAGAGAACACUUUAAACCUUCUCACAUACGAUCAGAUGGUGAGCUGUUUAAACAGUGACAAAUUGUGCUUUCGUGAGAUGGAUAUUUUUCACAUUACCUGGGAGUGGUUAAGAAUGGAUCCCAAACGCUUGUGUCAUGCUCCAACUUUGAUGAAACUCAUUCGUUUUCCUCUUAUCAACCCUGCUGACCUGGUUCACCAAGUACAGAGAGUGGACUUGAUGAUGUCCAAUUCAGAGCUGCGUCAAAUGGUAUUGACAGCUUUAAACUACCAUGUUGUUCCACAUUCACAACCCUUACUCAACACAUCUUCCACUCGUCUACGUUCAUAUGUGGAGAGGCUGGUGAGCGUCGGUGGUAGGGAAAUACAUCCAAAUCCUUGUCUUCACGAUGAGCUUUUGGUCUUUGAUUCAAAGAUAACAUCUAGUAGUUUACUCAACAGACAAGAGAUAGCCACGUUGCCCAGUGCCCUCAGCCACAUGCAAGUUUUGGUGUACAACAACUUUUUGUAUGUCUUGGGUGGCUGCACAACACAGUGCGCUCAUGGCGAGUCCGCGGUCAACUCUGUCCUUCGUUAUGACUCUCGUUUUGACACUUGGUUCCAGGUCUGUCCUAUGUUGAACAAAAGAGCUUACUUCUUCGCAGGAGCUUUGAACAAUAAAAUCUACUCUGUUGGUGGCAAAUUCAAAGACGGCAGUUUAGCCACAGCAGAAUGCUAUGACCCAGCUGAGAACACAUGGGAGCUGAUUUCCUCUAUGCCCAUGUCCUAUCAUGCCCAUGCUGGAGCUACAUUUGGAAAUCACAUCUUCAUCUCGGGUGGUUACUCAGGCAACCAUUUCACCCCAGACAUGCAGAGAUAUGAUCCCCUAGCUAAUGCUUGGGAGGAUAUGGCGCCCAUGCUUACACCACGGGGUUGGCAUGUCAUGUGCGCAUCUCAUGACAAACUGUUUGUUUUCGGUGGUUGUAAUCUGAAUGUAAAUCAACAGGCUCAGCCAGUUAUGCAGUCAGAAUGUUACGAUCCUGCAACUGACCAAUGGACCAUUGUGGCUCCAUUGUCCAUAUCCCAUAAAGAAGCAUCAUGCGUUGUUUACCGGGACAAUAUAUAUGUGCUUGGAGGCUAUAAUGUACAGACAAAGACUGGACAAAAGCUAGUUAGCAAGUAUGAUGUCUUCUCUGGAAUCUGGGAGACCGUGGGAGCAUUACCUCGAAGUCUGACUGGCGUAGGCUACUGUACCAUCAAACUACCAUCUUAUGACCCAGAAGAGCUGCAAGCUGAAGCUGAUUAACAAAUUAAGAACUGUAAAUUAAAAUAAAAUUAUUGUGCAUAUUCAUCCAGUGGUUUAGUUUUGUAAGUUGUUUAAACUCUUUCACUGCAGAUAUUAAGCUUGUAGUAAGUGAACGAUGUACUUUUGAACUCUGAACCUGUCAGUGUGAUAUGAAUUAGUUUUACAGAUCUGGCAUAACAGUUGGCAGCUGGAGAAGAUUUUGUCCUUGAUUGUCUAACAGUUAACAUAUGGCCCCAUAAUUAUGUUUGUUUACUCUUUACAGAAAAAAAUGGCUUCUCAUUUUGUAGUCUAUUAAGCACUGGGAGAUGAAAAAUAAAGAAUAACAUCAUUUUGAACACUGUAGUAAUUUGAAUAUUGGAAAAAAUAUCAAUGUAUUUCUUUGGAAUGUUAUUGGUUCUUUUUAUUGGGGAAAAUCAUUUUAAAAAGCAAAUCCGCAAAAAGGUUUUAAAUUUUCAAAGUUUUUUAAAUUGCGUUUGUUUUAGUGUAAAAAAGUAUUCAGUUAAUAUUUUUUAGCAACAAACUUAAUCUUUCUGUUUUCACAAUAUUUUAGAAGGGAAAAUAAACAGAUAUCAAUGUAUGUUACCAAAAUAAGUUUUGGGUGGUUUUUUAAGAUUUAAACUUUGUUUGUUAUAUAUCUGUACAGUUUGGAUAGAUUGUUAACAUCCAUCAUUAGUUUAGUUUUGUCAACAGAACAUUGCAUUCAUUAUAUGUCUUCUCCCUGGACUACCUUACUGACAUCUUCAUCUGUACAUUAGCAUAGCUACCAAUGUUGCAGAGGGUGUUUGCAUAAUGGCUAACUUAUUUUUGUCUGACCAAAAUAUAUUCACUCUAAUUUGUCUCAACAAAAUCAUUACAAUAAAUAAUGAAACGGUUUAAACUGAAUAAGACAGUACAUCUACAGACUAAACAAUGUCAUUUGAUUUAAUAAAGUAAGUUCCAAAUUCAAAUAGUAAAAAUUAGUUUUGACUUCUAAAGUGUUUUACUUUCUUGCUUUAGUACUAGGACAAUACAAAUAAAAAGGAAUAACAUUGCAUAUUUUUAUGGAAUUAAGAUGGAAGAUUGAGCGUUAACAGCUUUGAAAGAUCCUCAGGUAAAUUUGUUUUACAUUUCUGAAUGUCUAAGUCCAAUGCUGAAUAGUUGUUAUGAUUUUGAGAGGUUAAAUAAAUAUCAUUCUGAAUAAAUGUUACGAUACAAAUUGUACUCAAAUGAUUGCCGGCGUAGGUGUUACUUUUCUAUGUGAUUUUAAAAUUAUUGGCUCUUCUUUUUGUAUGUUUAAAAUUCUUUGGGGACUAAACAGUAGUUGUUGUAUUUAUACUGGGCUAUGUUCUAAGUCAUCUGUUAUAAAUCUGAUAACAUAAUUUAUUUAUUGAGUUUUGUUGUUUUCUGAAGCAAUUUAUUUAAAUUUCCAAGUUCUUAAUUAGUUUUACUGCUUUUUGAUGCUUUGAAAGUUGAAUGAAAAUUAUGAUGGCUUUUUGUGUAAGUAGUUAGCUCUUUAACGUUUUGCAUUAUGAUUAACAUGACAAAUGAAAUAUGCAUUUUAUUACCAAUUUGAACUUGAAAUGAUGUUCAUAGAAUAAUAAAGUGUGUAUCUCUGGGUAAUCAAAAUAACUAUUUUAGAUCCAAAUAUGCUGCCAUCCACUUUAUUCUUUAAAAGUUCAAUUUUUUUAAAUAGAACUUUGUGACCUCAAUGUAAAGUGUAUCAUAAGUUUUUGUUGACUUCUCUACUCCAAAGACAGACAAGAAAUCCUUGCAGAGCAGGAUUCCAUUUCUUUUUCCUGGCCUGGUAACAGAUUCCAUCUUCUUGCUAUUGCUUAUUUGUUCAUUCACUUUUUUAGGCCCUCAAUGUACUGGUUCUACAUUGUUUGAUUUUGUUCUUUAUUAGCAUCAUAUUUUAUCAUCAGUAUUUAAAACUUGUGUUGCUGAGCCCCAGUGUGUGAUCAAAUCAGCUUGAUAACUAUUUGAGGGGAAUCAAGUAGUAAAUGUCUAGCAACCAGAAGUCACUAGACUUCACUCAGAACUACAAAAUGCCAGUUAACUUCAAUAGGGAGACCAAAUAAUAAGCACUGAAAUUUUGAAUUUAAAAAGUCUUUGGAGGCGAUUGCCUUCUUUAAUUGUAUACAUGAGCUAUUUUAUGUACAAUGCAUGUGUUCAGUUUUUCAAAAAUAAUUUGUUUACUCUUAAAAGUAUUUAUCUUUUUUUUUAAAUCUCUUAUUAAAUUUUUUUGUAAGUAUAAUUAAUAAAUACUUACAAAUCUUAUGACAGUAAAUUCUCCACAAAAUGAUAUGAUAAUUGAAUAUUUUAAAUAAACGUAUAGUUUAUAGCAGCAUUAGGCUUUAUAUAAAACAAUUUUCAUUUUAAAUCUAAAUAGAGAAAAAAAAAACUUCAAACCAAAGUGUUUCUUAGAUGAUUGCUAAAGUCUAGUGCUUUAGGUUAAGAGUUUCUGAAGUUACUUUAAGUUAACAUUUUCAUACUCAGAUUAAAUUUUAGGGAGAACUUAGUGUUCAUAUUUAUUGUACUUCUUGUUAAAUAAAAUAACAAUUUAUUUAUGUGCCAUGACAGGCCUGUAUUUACAUUAGGCUUGAUUAUAAAAUGUAAACUGAACCUUAAUUUAAAGAAUAUAAAAUACUAGAAUAGCUAGCUGAGAAGUUGGAGCAACUUGUUAUGGCUGCAAGCCCAAGUAAAACAGUGUGUUUAAUAAUUGGUUGUUGACUUGAAAUCAUAAUGAUAAAGUGAUAUUUAUUUAUGACCUUCACAUGUAGAUAAUUGUCAUCAAUUCUGUCGGUUGUUUCUUGAUACUUUGUUUUAUUUUAUUUGACAUCUAAUUCCUUAUGAAACAAAAGUGAACUUUUAAUUUAAAAAUCUCAUCAAUUUUACCUGCUGAAAAAUUCUAACUAAUAAUUAGUCACUAACAUACAUUUAAACUAAGUUGAAAACAAAUAUUAAACAAAAAUAUAUAACCUUUUGAGUAUGAAUUGUUGCAAGAUUCUUUCUGGAUUAAAUUUUUUUUUAAAUUUAAUGUCCUUCAUACCUGGUAGAAGGAAGUUCUAGUUUCAUGUGGAUUUAGAUUUUUAUUUUAAAAAAUUGUAGUCUCUUUAAGUUGUGCAGAUAUUAUGUACAUACCUUUUUUUUUAAACCUGCUGUUGUAAAUAGCAGGUAUUAGAUGCUAUUUACGCUAAAGUGUCUAAAAUUGUAGAAGAGAUAUGUUAGUUUUAACUAGCUGGUUUAUUUACAAAGCCAGCAGAAAAAUUAGAUUUGUCCUUAAUUAUAAAUAACUGUUUUAAUAUAAAUCCUGUUCAACAAACAUCAUGCAAAGAAGUCAAACAAUAUCUGUGUAAUAAUUAAGUUUAGAAUGCAUGUAUAGAUAUUUCUGUCAAGCUUUAAGCCUUGACAAUGUUCUUUAGAAGUGCAUAAUUGACUAGCUAGCAGCAGCUUUUGUAUUGUUCUUUGAAAAAUUUUGUUAUUUUAUAUAUACUUGAGAAGUGUUGAAUAAGUUUUUGUGUACUGGUAUUUAAUAAAAAUUG